UACUAAACAUUUAGGGCUCUUAGUUUGGUAGAAGGCCUCCAACAAGACAAAUGUGGUUCUCAAUUUCAUCAAUGAUUAAGAAAACAAUUCACAAAAUGAAAUAAAACUUUGCAGGAUAAUAGUGGAAUGUUUAUUCAUGGAAUAUGUACUUACUUUUUGAGCCACCUGAUGUCACUCUCGGCCUAGAAAUUCUCUGAUUCAAGACGACAGCCAUCUUUUUGGCUUUAGAAAGACACUCCAGCCUUUCAUAGUUUCCUAAUGCAGAACAAUGACGAACACAGCAGGAUGGAACUGAAGGGAUUAGAAGAUUUCCCUUAGUUUUGAAAUAUUUUUUGCUAACCAGAAAAAAGCUCGAGUAUUUGAAAUGCUGUACUCAAGUCGGGGCGACCAAGGGGACCGGGAUCUACUACUACUGUUUAUCAUUCUCGCAGCUUGGGAGACAGGGAGCGGCCAGGUCCGCUACUCAGUCCCGGAGGAGGCCAAACAUGGCACCUUCGUGGGCCACAUCGCCCAGGACCUAAGGCUGGAGCUGCAGGAGCUGGUGCCCCGCUUGUUUCAUCUGGAUCCCAAAGGCCACGGGGACCUUCUAGAGGUAAAUCUGCAGAAUGGCAUUUUGUUUGUGAAUUCUCGGAUCGACCGGGAGGAGCUGUGCGGGCGGAACGCGGAGUGCAGCAUCCACCUGGAGGUGAUCGUGGACAGGCCGCUGCAGGUGUUCCACGUGGAGGUGGAGGUGAAGGACAUUAACGACAAUCCGCCUGUGUUUCCCAGUUCACAAAAGAAUCUGUUUAUCGCGGAAUCCAGGCCGCUUAAGUCUCGGUUUCCACUAGAGGGCGCCUCCGAUGCAGAUAUCGGUGAGAACGCUCAGCUGACUUACACGCUGAGCCCCAAUGAGUAUUUCUCGCUGGACGUACCAACCACCGACCAACAGGUAAAACCUCUCGGGCUUGUAUUAUGCAAACCUUUAGACAGGGAAGAAUCCCCGGAACUUCAUUUAGUGCUCAUGGCUACUGACAGAGGCAAACCUGAGCUGACUGGAACCGUUCAGUUACUUGUCAAAGUGCUGGACGCCAAUGACAAUGCUCCAGCUUUUGACAGAACACUCUAUGGGGUGAAAUUACCUGAAAAUGUUCCCAAUGGAACGUUGGUAAUUAAACUUAACGCCUCAGAUUUAGACGAAGGCUUGAAUGGGGAUAUUGUUUACUCAUUCUCUAGUGACGUUUCUCCAGAUAUAAAAUUUAAGUUCUACAUAGACCCCGUAAGUGGGGAAAUUAUAGCAAUAGGAAAUAUCGAUUUUGAAGAAAGUAAAGCCUACAAAAUUCGAGUAGAGGCAAUCGAUAAAGGCUAUCUACCACUGGCUGGUCACUGUACAGUUCUCGUGGAAGUCGUGGACGCUAAUGAC